GACUUAUUAUAAGGUUAAAGAUGGCGGCUGUCAAGACAGAUCCGUGUAAGGAAUCAGCAAACGAAAGCAAUGAAUUCCAAGCAGAAUUAGAAACAAUAGAAGAUGCAAUGGAACAAAAUGAAAACGGAGAAACAGCAAAGAAAAAAAAGAAGCGGAAAAAGAAGAAAAAUAGUUAGUUUGUAAUUUGUAUUUUCCAAUAUUUUAUUUUAUUGAAUAAAUACAAUUAAUAAAUUAAUAAUAAAUGCCCAAAAGUAAAUCCAAAGCAAAUAUUGUAAUUAAUUAAGGUAAAAGUGCACUUCAGGUGCGUAUAUUAUUUCUUAACGCAUUUCGUAUUUUAAAAUUUUUUUAUCAUGUAAACUUACGUGUAUUCUUUAAUAAUUAAAUACAGGCAGUUAUAGUUAACUAAUUCUGAAUUAUAAGUCUAUAACUAUAAGUCGCAUCUUUUCUUUUUAUUUUACUUCUAAAGAGUCUUUAACCAUCCCCCAACCAAAGUGACAUAGCCCCAUUUUUUUGUAUUUUUAUUUCACCCUAUGCCAGAUUUUUAGCCACCUAUAAGUUAGUAUGCUAAACGAAAUUUUCAAACUGUAAGCAUGUUCACAAAAAAGAAUGAAAUACUAGAUUUUUCAUUAUGCACAAGCCCCCCCCCCCCUCUUUUUUAUCCUCGCAGAGGGCUUGGAAUAUAGGGGUUGUCCUUUGAAGUCGGGUGGGGGGGGGGGGGGAGAUUAUAAGUGGAUCACUGACUAAGGCAGUGGACACACACGUCAUCAUUGUCCUGGGCCUGGAGGGAAGCUGAAAAAAGAAAAGGGGGGGGUGCACGAAUACGUGCCAAUGUGUGAUCACGUGUCCACUUUAAAAAAAAUAUAUUUGUGACGUUGCACAAAUGGGGGAAAUCGGGAUGAUAGCGUGGGGUCAUUUUGAUAGUCUCAUCCUGAAGGCUGCUAAUACGCUGUCCGUGAUUGGUCAGCUCUAAUUUGAGUACCCCUCCUCUUUUUUCGUAUGCAAAUGCGCUUAUUAAUUGGUGACUGAUUUGCGCUGAGUAAAGUGAGGGUGAGGGCUAGUGAUUAGUAAUAAGACGGACUCGUUUUGCGGUAUUGCUGUUAGUGUCAUCAUUUUGUUAAAAAUGGCAGGACGACCAAGAAUGUUUAUCCAACGGAAAUUUUUAGCAUUUGGUUUAUACGCGCACUUUGUGAGACAACACAUAAUGUUAAUACAACCAUGGAAUUUCUCGUAAGGCGCUCGUAACCAUUGCCAUGUGGCUUGUAAACUGGCUACAUAUGUCAAGUAUGUGAGUUCCUUAUAAUUACCGGGAUCUGGAUCUCACCGGAAACGGGAACUCACUGUAACCGGUAUCUCACUGGGAUCUGGAACCCACUGGAUCGGGAUCUCACCGGCAUCAGGAUCUCACUAGGAUCAAGAUCCUAUCGGGAUCGGAAUCUCACCGGGAUCGGGAUCUCACCGGAAAAGGGAUCCCACCGGGAUCGGGAUCUCACCGGAAAUGGGAUCCCACCGGAUUGAGAUCUCAUUUAGUUUGGGAUACCACCGGAAACGGGAUUUCACCGGGAUCGGUAUCUUACCGGCAUCGGAAUCCCACCAUGACCAGUAUUCUACCGGAAUCUGGAUCCCAUCGGGAUCGGGAUCCCAUCAUGAUCCUUCUGGGUGCCAUCGGAAAACGGGAAAAACAAAAUGUUUACAUAUGUUAUUUAUUAUUUAAUUUUAAGGUGUUUUAUAGGAGACAAAUUAAUUAAUUUUUUUUUUUAUACCUAUAGUGGUGUUGUUUUGUUGUUGAUAUUUCGCUUAAUAGCAAUGUGAAUUAAAAGGACGUAGCAGAUGUUCGUUUUUUUCUGAAUGCAAUCCCGAGCAAAUCCGGUUUUAUUUGAAAGUAAAGUAUAAAAUAAAUACAUUUAUUUUAACCAAGAUUCAUCCAAAUAGGCAACUUUUAUAACAUAUCUUUAAAGACAGAAGAGUUAUCCAUGAUUUACAUCAAUGGCUCCGUAAACGACGAAAGAUUCAAGAUAAUGUACUUUUUUUUUAUCUCGUAAAAUUUGUUAAAUUGUUGUUGUGUUCCAAUAAAAAGAUGAUAUUUUACUUUUAAAAUACUUUUUAUGCAUAAUACACGUAAGUUUACAUGAUAAAAUACGAAAUGCGCUAAGAAAUAAUAUACGCACCUGAACUGCACUUUUACCAUUAAUUAAUUAAUCAUUAAUAAUUAGGCAUUCCAUUCCAUAUAAACUUUAUUUAAUCAUAAAACUUUGAUAAAAUAGUACGAAAGUCAACACAAAUAAAUUGUCAGCAACCAUGACCAUAGACGCCAUAGUGUCCACAGGGGGGGCUGUCUCUUUUUGAAGAGAGAACCAUAAAUAACAGACUUUCUGAAGUGACCGUACUUCCAUCUCCUAGUAGGUUGUUGACAAGUAGCACAGGUGAAUGUUAUUGCGACUAAUCCACGUUCAGCUAGCCAACUUAUACAUUCUUCUGUAUCACUAUUUCCUAUAACAACCACUACAGACUACAUGUUAUACAUGUCUACAUGUCAUGAUUAUUGUAUUGAGAUGACUCAUUCUGACAAUUGUGUUUUGAUUGAAAAUUGUUGACAGAGCACACAGUCUUCCAACCAAUUAUACGUUUGAAAUUAAUGAAAAAUUGAAGUUUAUGUUCAAACUAGACAUCUAGACUUUGCACACUUAGUAUAUGAUUAUUGACUUUGGGGGCUAACUCUCCCAUUUCUCUUAGUGGGAAAUAAAUUAUUUGCCCAGGAAGACUAUACAGUAAAAAACUGACCAAUACAUGUUUCUCCAAUCAUAAACUGCUUUGGAAAGUUUCAUUUGAUAAUUGACAUUACUCCUAAAUGCAGUAUUAUAUAACUAUCUUGCAUUCUAAAAUGCAUUAUUUUCAUAUAUUCCAAUAAAUCUUAAAAAGGGAAGAGUAAUAUUAUGGAAACAUUUUUAAAAUUCAGGUCCAAAAAACUUUUGGAUUGGACCGCUUUCAAUCAGCAAGUGAUAAAUACUCAUUUUCCAAUAUAAUUUAUUUUCCUUCAUAGAUACAGUUAAUGGUUCUGAAGAAGUUAAAGGGGAGGAAAAUAAUCCCAAUGGAAAUAUUGAGCUUAUUGUAAAUGGAAUCAAUACAGUCAACAUAGAGCAAGCAGAGAAGCAAGAAGGUAUGACGUAGUAUAAUUUUUUGUUAGUAUGAAAUUAAAUCUGAUCUUUUAAUAAUAAUAAUUUAAAAAUUAUAUUUUUACUGUUAGACAAAUCAUCAGCUACCAUUUGUCUUAACUGUUAAUUAGAGGAUAAACAGCUGAAUUCUUUGAAAUAGGAUUUGAUUUUAAUUUGCUAAUGGGAAUGGUAUUUUUAAAAUGUGUAUUUUAACAAUAUGAUUUUGAAUGCAUGAUACAUUCUCCAGAUGAAUCUUCAGAAGCUGAUGGAAAGAAAAAGAAAAAGCGAAAUAAAAAGAAAAAGGGUAAUAGUUUGUUCAGUAAAAUCAAUUUUUUAAAUGUUCGAAAUUAAUUUGUUCAAAUUCAGUGUAUAAUUUUGUUAGUUUAUUAUAAAAAAACAUUGUGUAUAUUAAGAAAAAAGAGUAAAAAAAAAAAGGGGGGGGGGGGGAAUGUUGUUAACCUUCUUUUAAAUACAUUUAACAUCAAGUAACUGUAAAAAUAUUUUUACACCGGUAUCUUAAAUCUUAGUUACUUUUAUACCUAUUAUACCUAUGAUUAAUUAUUACUAUAUAUGAGUACUUUCUUUAUCCAGCCAACAAUGUAGGCAAGCAGCAAACAGUGCCACCUUCAGUACCAAUUGUAGAUCUUUUCAAUCAGGGGGAAUAUCCAGAAGGAGAAAUUUUGGAGUAUCCAAUAAAUCAGGAUGGGUAGGUUUACUGAAGUGAUUUUAAUAACAUAAAUAAUUUCCCCACUUUACCAGAAAAAGUAUAUGAGCCCUUAUAAAUUUAUUCAGCAAUUCCAUUCAAAAUUUGCUUAAAAGUGCUGAAAUAAAAAGAAGAAAAAAUCUUUGCAUCAAAGUUUAAUUAUCAUGACAUACUGGAUAAAAAAAAUGCAGACUUAUUUUAAAAUUUAUAAUUUCAAGGAUGUCCUUUCAUCUUUAAUUGUUAGUAAAUUAAAAUAGUAUUUACUAACAAUUAAAUAUUUAUUAGUAUUAAAUUUAAUUAUCAUUGCAGCCGAACAGCCAAAAAUAGAAUUACUGAUGAAGAAAAGAAAAUGUUGGACAGGUCACACAGUCACUUAUAUGAAGAUAUGCGAUUGGCAGCUGAAGCACAUAGACAGGUAAUGAUAAAUUGUUAUUAUUACUUUACUUCUGAGACAUUGCUUCAAACAAAAUUUAAAUGGUUUAAUUUUUUAUAAAAUAAGUGUCAAGGUAUUACAGUAGAACCCGGUUUUGUCGACGGCCUUGGAGUUUGCCAAAAAGCGUCAUUUUAAUUUUUUAUAAAUUAAGUGUUAAGGUAUUACAGUAGAACCCGGUUAUGUCGAUGGCCUUGGGGUUUGCCAAAAAGCGUCGAGAUAACCGAUGAUCCAGAUAACCAAAAACCAAUAUGGCGGCAAUAUAUUAACAUGUGCUUGAAAUUACUUCAUGUACAUGAUGUGCAUUAAUAAAUGCAGGUACUUCAGUAAAAAAAAAAUAAUAAUUUUUUUUAUAUUCCAGUUAUUUAGAGCAAAUUUAAGAUAAUGAAACCAGAAUCAACUUUUUAACGUUAGUACUUUUUGAGCUUUGAAUUUUUAAAGUGCAAGUUCUUUUUGUAUUUUCUACUAUGGACGAAGCCUCCACAUUUUGUGGCCUCAUUCUGCUGAUCGUGUCUUAUGCACUGACAAUAUAGUUUAUAUAAGGCAACGCAUCCUCUUAUUAUUAAAAUACUAUUUAAGGACUACUUAUUUGGAACUUUCAACUUUGGGACAUGACUUUUUAAUUAAAGCUUGCCCUGACCAAUGGUUUAAUAGCUUUUGCACAUGGCAAACUCUUAUGAAUGAAACUCUGAAUAGUACCACGGCAUAGCCAUUAUGCAAGUGACCGUGAAUGACUGCCCAUGACAACGUUUUGCACACAGCAAAUUAUGAUUAUUUAUAAUAUGGACUCUACCGUGUUUUUAAACCUCGAAUUAAAACAUAUUUAUUUAAAUUACUUUCUAGGUUUAUUCUAAAACACAACUCCUGUAUUUUGAGAAAUAAAUAAUUAUUUUGAAUUAUGAAAAACUUGUUUACUUGUUUGCUAUUUCUUCUUGCCGAGUUCAAAAGUCGGCGAUUGGUCAUUGUGACCAAGAUAACCGAGGUUAAGUGGCAAAUUUGGCCGCUUUUUGUGCUCGAGAUAUCAGGGUUCGGUGACAUAAAAGAAUCGACAUAACCAAGGAGAAAAUGCUAAGACAAAGAGAGAAUUUAAAAAACGUCGACAUAACAGGGUUGGCGAGUUAACCGAGGUCGAGAUAAAUAAAUAUAAAACAUAAAUUUAAUGUGGACAUUUCAGGAAAUAAAAUGAGUUUUAAGAGGGGUGUUAUUUUUAAUGUUAGCUUUGUUCAUUUUCACAAUUUGUAUUUAUUUCAGACAAGGCAGUACAUGAAAUCAAUAAUUAAGCCUGGGAUGACCAUGUUUGAUAUUUGGUACGUUAUUUAAAAAUAUCAAAAUAAAUCUAUAAUUACAAAAAUAAUUUGUACAACUAAUAGUUACUAAUAUUUAAUUUUAGUAAUUUUUUUUAAAAAGUUUGUGUCAAGUUAAGAAAUAAAUUUAAAAAUGUGUUUGUUUUUUUAAUUUAUCAAUGUGCUAUAUAUUACUGCAGUGAAGAGCUGGAAAAUACAGCAAGAAAACUGAUUAAAGAAAAUGGUCUGGAAGCUGGACUAGCUUUUCCAACUGGUUGUUCUCUGAACCACUGUGCUGCCCACUAUACUCCCAAUGCUGGUGACACAACUGUUUUAAAUUAUGAUGAUGUCUGCAAAAUUGACUUUGGCACCCAUAUUAAUGGUAUUAUAUAUUUUUUUACUCAUUAUUAUUUUCUAACAAAGAAUGUUUCUACGCAGAAUUAGUCAUAUCAGACCUUUCUUAACGUUUGAUGCAAAAAAUAGGCUGAUGUCCGCAAAUUUGACCAUGCUAAAACACCCCUCGGAGAGUUGCAUUGGCUGCGGUCCACGCUCACAUAGAGUACAAAAUUGCAACUCUGUGCUACCACUACUUGCAUGACCUGGCACCGUCCUAUCUAAGAGCGCUCAUGACGACUUAUAUACCCACUAGACAACUCCGCUCAUCCGAUAGUGGCAAAUUCUCGAUACCACUUGUUUGCUUGGAGACUUAUUGAAGGCGCACUUUCACAUUUGCUGGCCUAACAAUUUGGAACACACAUCCUGACAAUCUCAGAAACAGCCAGACACUGGAGUCUUUCAAAACAAAAUUGAAAACACAUCUAUUUUGCAAACACCUGUUGGGGUGAUGUUGUGUACCAUCUUUUCCAGCUGGCUAUUAUUUCCUAGAUGUGUAUUGGCCUGUGUUGUUUAUGUUUGCAAGAGAUGAAAGACUUAGAAUGGGUAUUCUCGUAUAUAUUUUUUGUAAUGUUGCGUUUUGUAUUUCAAUGUGGUAUAAUAUAGAUUUUUUCUUUUCUCUUUUAAUAGGGUUGACUUUGUACCGCGCUUUGAGCCUUUGGGGAUGAAGCGUGAUUUUCAAAUAAACUUUAUUAUUAUUAUUAUUAAAACAUUUAUUAAAAUAAUGUAAAGGAAGCUACCUUUAUGUUGACUGUGCAUGGAUAUAAGAAAAUGUUUGAAAACACUAAUUCAGUCUCAUUAUUGAAAAAUAAAUAAAUGAAGUGAGGAAGAAAGUGUGAUAUGAAUCCUGAACAAGAAGUGAAUGUACAGUAGAGUCAAGAUUUUUCAACCUUUAUCUGACCCUAGUCUAAGUGAAAAUUCUCAUGGCCAUAUGUAUGAAAUUUUUUUAAGCUACAGUUGCAAUGCUAUAUUCACUUUGUUUAGCAUAAAUAAACUAAAAGAAAUAUACAAUUCACUAUGCAUGUGCAUAAGUAUCAUCAUUUCAUUACAUCUGGUAUAGUUUGUUAUACAGCACCUAAUUAUUGUUUCUGUCAGUUUUUAUUUAUUUUCAUAUAUAUUUUAUUGUCCAAUAAUUUAACAGCUACUUAAUGUUGAAUAUGUUCUUAUCAGUAAUCAGCAUUAUUAUUUUAGAUGUGGUCAACCAUGACAGCGCACAACUGUUAAUAAUUAAAUAAUUAUCACAAUAUGUUGUGACUACAUAAUUUCUGUCAGGAUGAAACAUUAAUUUUUAAAAUUUAACCUAUCAUUCAAAGUGUUGUGUAUAUAUACCCGGUAUAUGAAAUAUAAUCUUUAAUAACUUUUUGGUGGUUCUGUCUCUAACUCACUUCAGGUCACCUUGUUGACUGUGCCUUCACAUUGACAUUUAACCCGAAGUAUGAUCAGUUAUUAUUGGCUGUAAAAGAAGCUACAAAUGCUGGCAUCCGUGCUUCAGGAAUUGAUGUCAGGCUGUGUGAUGUGGGGGAAGAGAUUCAAGAGGUGAUGGAGUCCUAUGAAGUGGAACUUGAUGGCAAAACUUAUCAAGGUAAAUUUAAUUAACCAAUUUAAAGAGGGUUUGACUGCGGUAACCUAAAAGGGAUUUCGGACAUUGCAGUUACAGUAACUAGUAUAUUGCAUGUAAGUAAUAUACCUGAUAGAAUCUAUAUAAUAUAUAGAGAAUAAGUUAAUAAAAAAGAUGAUACAGCAGUGGUUCUCAACCUUCUCAAUGCCGGGACCCUUAUAUACAGUUCCUCAUGUUGUGGCGAGCCCUAGCCACAAAAUUAUUUUCGUAGCUACUUCAUAACUGUUGAGUACAUGUGUUUUCCAAUGGUCUUAGGCGAUCCCUGUGAAAGGGUCGUGCGACCCCCAGAGGGGUCGCAACCCACAGGCUGAGAACUGCUGGGAUACAGUAUCAAUCAAAUUCCCAAUUUUCAUAGCUGCAAUGUCUUUUCCUGUUUGGUUUUUAUAUUGUUAUUCUAAACACUUUUUUUUCAUUCUUCUGAUUUUGUUUUUGUAAGGGACUUGUACCCAUUCUCUUUUUUUUUUCCUCUGAUUUAAAAUUUUUUAAUAGUUAGGAUAUAAAUAUAUUACGGGAAAUUUACUGUAAUUUUAUUUAUUAUACAGAUGAAAGCAUUAGCUAAAAAAUUUGAAUUUGUAGUUUGUUGUAUGAUAAUUAAAGCUAAUAUAUACUUAUUUACACUAAUUGUUUGUGUCUCAUUAAUCAAGGUAAAGUUAUAUUACUCUUUGGCAAUUUUAAAGUUGGCAUCACACGCUAUGCUAUUUUGAGUGGCAUUUGUGAAGAGAAUUUUGGACAGUGGUAACAGUUCCCUGAAAAUAAAUAGAAAAAUCAUAAAUAUUAAGAAAGAAUAUUUUACAAAAAAAUGUAAUACUAACACAUCUAAGCUGUAGGCCAUGAAGUAGCACUGCUAGUUAAUAUUUGAGUAGGAUGUUGAGAAAUUUUUUUAAAGAAUGAUCAUAUCAUCAAGCACUCAAGCUAGUAAUUGAGCUUUUAAAAGUUAAGUAUAUGAUGUCCAAUCAAUAUUUUAUAAUAUUUACUAUAUCAAUUCUUUCAAUUUAGUGAAGCCUAUCAGAAAUUUAAAUGGUCAUUCAGUUGGUCAGUACAGAAUCCAUGGUGGAAAGACUGUUCCCAUUGUAAAGGGUGGAGAAGCCACAAGAAUGGAGGUACGUGGAAUAAAUUAUUUCUGGUGAAGAUUUUUAUUUUUGAAUCUACAAUUCAUUUAUCUUUUUCAUCUUGGACAACAGCUGAAAAGACAGAAAUCAUAUUUAAAGGAAUGCUGCUUUGAAUUAUGUUUUCCCCCUAUGAUCUAUGAAUGUCAGGACUAAAAUUUAAUAUUUGAGAACUCUAACCUGAGAAAUUUUUUUUUUAAAUUUUAAUAUUACAUUCAGGAUCAACGCAAAUUAUUUGGCAAGAACACAUUUUUUAUUUUAAAAAAUAAAGCUAUUAAUAAUUAUUAAUGUAUUGUAAGUCGCUUCAGUUGUUAUUGUAAAAUAAUAUUUAAAUGUCUUAUUAUAUAACAGAUUCUAUUCACAGUUAGAAAACAUCUGUUUUAACUAAAUAUGCAGUGGAAUUUAAAAAUAAAUACAAAGGCUACCUUAUGGAAUUAUGUACUUGAUAAGUUUGAGAAUUUGAUUAUUUUUUUUUUUUAAAAUCUUAGGAGGGUGAAGUUUAUGCCAUAGAGACUUUUGGCAGUACUGGUAAAGGUCAUGUUCAUGAUGAUAUGGAGGUGUCACAUUAUAUGAAAAACUUCGAAGUUGGCCAUGUGCCUCUCAGGUAACAAAAAAAUAUCUUUGUAAAUGUUCUUUUAAAAACACAAUUUAUUUUCUUCAUUUUUCAAUGAGAAAAACUUCAACCUCAAGAAAAUACAUUUAAAAAGCAAACUAAGCUUUCAAGAUAGCUAUAUUACAGAACUUAACAGUUUAACCAAACAUAAAUAAAGAAAGAGUACCUUUUUUUCAACCAAUGAAAGUUAAUUUGUGUUAAUGAACAUCAUUUGUUAAGUUAUUUCUUUAUUAAUAUUUACAGAUAAUUAUAGACUGUAUGAAAUAACAUUGACAUGUAGCGGAAUUUAAAUUUUUUUAUUCUAUGAUUCAAGUUACUGAUAAAAUUUUAACAAAAAUAUUUAUUUCUUAACAAAUCUCCAAAAGGUUGGCCAAAUCAAAGCAACUGCUGAAUGUCAUUAACCAAAACUUUGGAACGCUUGCUUUUUGUCGCCGUUGGUUAGACCGCCUUGACCAAAGCAAGUACCUAAUGGCCCUGAAAAAUCUCUGUGAUGCUGGUAUCAUUGACCCCUAUCCACCACUCUGUGAUCAGAAGGGCUCCUACACUGCCCAGUUUGAGCACACCAUCAUUUUGAGGCCAACCUGCAAAGAAGUGGUCACCAGGGGAGAUGACUAUUAAAUCUGUAUAAUUGUCUCAUGGAGAUAAGAUGCAUUGAUAAAUAUUAUUUUUGUUUCCAAUACAAUAAAAGUAAAGUAACAUCAACAUGAAUUUGUGUAUACCAUCACCCUUCCCCCCCAAGUAAGCAACUAUUUAGUUAUUAAAAUUUAAUUUAUUUUUAAAGUGUAUUAUAAGUCUAAAUAUCAGACUUAUAAUAUUCAGAUAAAUAAUGAUAACUUCUAAAUAAAGAGGAAAUCUUUUUUGAACAAGUUUGCUUUAAUUUAUUGCACAUUCUUUUGUUUGUACAAAGAUAGGAUCCCAUUCUUUUGGAAAAAGGAUAUCUCAUAGAAAAUGCUGAAAUGAAUAGAAUUUUUUAAAAUUCACUUUGAGUUGGAGAGAUAUUUAUUUCAUUCAGUAAAAUAGAAGAAACCAAUUAAUUUAAUUUUUCUGAAAAAUAAUAAUAAUAAUAGACAAUAAUAAAUUAAAUCUUUUAAGAAAUAUAUUUAAAAUGAAGUAACUUUUUAUCUUCAUAAUCGAUUGUUAAAGUAAUUCAUAAUUUGUGGAACAAGAGAAAUAAACAGCUUAUAAAUAAAUUUUGAUCUGAACAGUUAUAUUUUCUUUUCAUUUCCAUUAGCAAUACAAUUUAUUAUGUUUAAUAUAUUUAUCUGCUUGUUUUUCCUCUUAAAUGGUGUUCAGUUUAAAUUUCUUAUUAUCUAAGACAGCGGUUUUCAACCUUUUUUGUUUGCUUCCAACACACAAAUUGAUAAUCUUUAAAAAUGCAAUCAUCCACAUAUGAAAAAAACAAAAAAACACCAUAUUUUGGCUGUUUCAGUAAGAAGCAACAUUCAUUUUAAAUUCCAGGCCUAUUAAAUUAAUGAGAUUAUAUAAAUUAUAUUACAUGUACUAUACUUGGUAAGUAAAUGCCUUCAAAUACUUUGUUGCUUUUUUAAAAUUAAAAAUAUUGCGACACAUUCAUGAAGAAAACACCAAUUGAAAACUGCUAAAAAUCAAUUAACCCGGUCACAUUUUAACUCGGAAACUUAGCUUUUUUACUUGUACUAAUUUUGAAUUUAAAAAUUGUUUUGAAAGUCAUCCAAAGCAUCAAUUAUUCAAAGCAAUAAUAAGGGUGCUUGAAUCAAAUCUAUUUCAUCUAUAUUUAAAUUAUAUUAGCAGUUAUAUUGUACAUCAUUUUGGAUUUAAACUCGACCACACACAUAAUAAUGCAUAAACAUUUAGUAGUGAAUCAUUUAUGUUUCUUAAAUCGUAUACAUCAAAAAUCCCUAUCCAGUCUUAACUUGCUUGCAACACUAAUUGUUGAAGAUGUGCUUGGGGUGCUUUCUGCUUUACACCCAGGAUCAUAGGGAAGCACAUAGAAUGUACAACUUUUUUUCUUAUAAAACUAAUGGUCCCAAACCUUGAGUUCUAUAGAAUAGUAGUUACUAUCCUAGUGUCUCAUUUGUAUUUACUUAGUUUACAUGUUUUAAUAAUUGUAAAGCGCUUAGAGCUUUAUGAUAAGCGCUAUAUAAAAAUGCCUAAAUAAAUAAAUAAAUAAAUAAAUAAACCAGAAGACUAAGAAACCUGAUGCUUUUCUAGGUUCCCAUUAAGUUCUAAUGUAGUGGGUUUUUUUCAGACUCUGAUAGCUCCAAAAUAAUUGAACAUAUUUAUUAACAAUGUGUCUCCCAAUGAUGCUGUAACAAAUCACAACUGCACUGAUACUUCAUUAUAAUAUUUAACCCUUUUAUUUUAUUUCUGUUUUCAUUAAUAUUAAAAUCAUCAAGAGACUAUAUAUUUUUAGCAAUACUUCAUGAAUUUAAUUUUUAAGUUUACUUCAAAUUUAAAAAAAAUAAUGCUUUGAACAUUAUUGAUUACUCGUCAAAGUUAAAUGAGUGGUGAAAAAAGCUAAAUAAGUUAUAAGACGCCAAAAAUGAAAAAUGUGCUUUUACAAGUACUCUAAUCUCAAUUUGAAAGGAUACUAUCGAACAGUUGAAAAAUAUUGUCUAUAUAGAAGUCUUCUGACAGUAAUUUGAAAUUUUAUAUUAUAAUUACAUUUCUCUGCUUGUAAACAUUAAAGGUUCUCUGUGACUUUUUGUUAAGAAAAAAAUUGAAAAACAAUAUUUCAUUUUAGUCUACUAAAAUCUCCAUGUAUAUACAAAAAUAAAGCACCCAUUAAUUAUUAGUAUAACUGGGCUUAUCACUUCACUAAAGGAGAAAAAUACAGCUUACUUUAAAAAAAAUUGUUGGUAUUUUGCUAAUUAUACCUUGUAACACCAGUCACGUUAGUUUAUUUGGGUGCAAAGGUUUUUUGUCAACCAUUUGAAAUUCAAGUUUUGUAUUGGUGUCAGUGAGUUCUCUUUUCUUUUACCUUUGUUUCUCAGAAUCAUCAAUUUUGGAAAUUUAAAUGAAUUGCAAAUCAUGAACCUUAACAAAAAUGAUAACGCAUUUAUUUUCACUUGUUUUGUGCUUCUUUGUAUUGUUUUGUGCUUCUUUGUAAAGGGUAUUAGUUUUUUUGUGUUUGUCAUGGUUCUUUUAAAAAAAAAUGAAUGGUUUGCACAUUAUGUGUACAGACAUGUAAAUUAAAAAUAGAUUCAUCAGCU